AUGGUGGGUCAGAGGGCCCUGCACAGACCUCCGGGCCUCCUGCUGCUGACACCACUCUGCCUUCUGCACCUGGGAGCCUCAGGGCAGCCUGAUGAGGUGGCGACGUCCAUCCAGGGAGUGAGGGGCCGCUCUGUAGAGCUGGCCUGUGGCUCCCAGCCCUCCCCGCUGGUGGUCUUUUGGAGCUUCACCCCGCUGGGCUCUCUGAUUCCCCGGCCUGUGGCUGUCACCAAUGGAGCAGAGUCCAAGGUGGAGGCUGGGGCCUCGGCUCUGGGAGCCGUGAGCCUGCUGAACAGCAGCCUGGUGCUGGGGGAGCUGCGAGAGAGUGCCCGCGGCCACUUCCUGUGCCAGGCCCUGCACGAGGCUGGAGGCCGGCUGCACACUGCCUACGCCCACUUCAGGCUGACUGUGCUGGUGCCUGUAUCGAAGCCUCAGGUGCGGAUGAAUGAGCUGUCCCCCAUGGAGGGGACAUCCGUGGCGGCCACAUGCGCGGUGCGGGAGGGCACGGAGCCUGUGACCUUUGCCUGGCAGCAUCAGGCACCCCGAAGCCCUGAGGCGACCCUGGUGGGAGUUACGGAGCGACUGUUACAGCUGGACCCAGUCAACCGGACACACCUGGGCUGGUACGUGUGCAGUGCCCACAACGCUGUCAACCGACUGAGCAGUGACGAAGCCUUCCUGGAUGUCAUCUAUGGUCCAGACAAGCCUGUGAUCACCGUGGAGCCACCACGCUUCACUGAGGAGGGGUUUUGGGCCAGUGAAAAGGAAGAAGUGACUCUGAGCUGCCUGGCUGCCUCCAACCCCCCGAGUCACUAUGUGUGGCUCCGUGACCACACUCAGGUCCACACUGGGCCUACCUACACCAUCACCAGCACCAGCCGUGCCCACACAGGCCGAUAUACCUGCCUGGCCCACAACAGCCGCCUGGACAUCCACACACAGACCACUGUCCAGCUUACCAUCUACUGUGAGUGUGUGGAAAGGCCCUCAUGCUGGGGCCUCCACAGACCCGUGCUCUGGCAGACUCCAUGCACCUUGUGGAAAGUGGGGCAAAAGUUGGGGGGAGGCAGGUCUGGGGGACUAAAUGGAGUUCAGAGGAGGGAGACAGGCUAA